AUGGUUGAUGCGAAGCUGCGGUUCCAAAGGCAUGUUGAAGAAAUAAUAGAGAAUCGUGACGAAGAGGAUGUGGAGAAGAUCAAGGCGGUUGUGCAAAAGGCAGUAGAAAAAAUCCUGCUGGGAAAGAAGUUUGAUGGGACCAUCUCUGGAGCAGUCGAGGCCUCUAUAAAGGAAGCCAACAAACGGAUCAAUGCAAUUCUGGCACAAGAGGAAUUGGAAGAAGAACAGGAGGAUGCUGAUGAGCCAGCCGGCAUAGAGCAGAAGAGCAGCAGCUUUGCAGGCGCAGCGGCUGAGGGCUUCAAAUUCAUAGGCUCCUUCUUUGCACAAGCAGCCAUGGGCGGUGCAGAGCUUCCUGACCUGAUGAGGGAGGAAGAGCAGGCCUACAACUCGCAGGCCAUCGUGCUGCCGCUCAGGCGGCUGGCUGCAAGCGCAAGCACCGAGGCAGAGCACGAUGCUCUGGUGGGCGGUCCUGGCAUCAAUGUUCCUACUCCAGCAGCUCCCAGCUUGGAAGCUAGCCAGCAGCAUGCUAAGGAGGGCCGUGAAGCACAGCAGAAUGCUCUGAAGGAGCAGACCGGUGACACACUGUACCCUUCCUCUGGACGAGAGGAGCCAAUCAAUAAUGGCGCUACUGAAACAGCCAAUAGCGACGAGAGGAGUGCAAAGAUCCCACGCGUUGACCAGGGCGUCCCAUCGCAAGCUGAGCAGCUGAGUCAUCUCAGAGAGCCACGCGUUCCUGGUGGCCUCCAGGAGGAGGACUGGAACGUGCCAGGUCGAGGUGGGACUGCAAAGACGGCCAGCGAAGCCAAAGCUUCUGAUGUGAAAGGCUCCAUUGGGCAUGGCGAUGCAUUGUAA